AUGGAUAAAAAGAUAUUAGAAAACAUUGAAUAACAAUUAAAAAGACUGCUUGAACAACUUAAAGAUCUGGAGGAAUAUAAAAAUGAAUUGGAUCCUGAAGAAUAUAAACAAAUGAAAAAUGACACAUUAUAGGAGUUAGAGAUUUUCCAAACCAAAUUAUAAGAAAUAGAAUAGGGCGAUCUAACAUUGAAGAAUGCACUAUAACAAUAAUAAGAAGAAUUACGAGCAGCAAUCAAGAAUUCUUUUAACUCUGAAGAAAUCAAACAUCUCAUGUCAUCAUCAUAAGGCACUUCAAUAAGAGAAAAGAUAAAGAAAUUAGAUUAAGACUAUACACUUUAAAGAAUAAAUUAAGCUUAAUAUGUGAAAGAAACUCUGAAUUGCUUGAAUUAAUUGCAAGAUAUUGGAAUACCUUUUACUCAAUAAGAAAUUAAUUUUAUCAACUCUAACACAGGAAAAGAUAACUUUGUAAUUAAAUAAGAUAAUGUCUAAGGAAAAACAUUGCUUAAAUCAGCAGAAUAAUAAUUGGCUGCUAAUAACAUGAAAUGA